AUGAAUGGUUAUAGUUUAUUGGAGCUUACUCUCGGGGAUAUUCUUCGAGUCAUCAAUCCCAUGAACGAGGAUUGGUCGAUACGGUUUCAUAUCAUUAAUGAGCUUCAAGGUGUUGUUCAAUCCAUAGAAAAUCUUAGAGGUGCAACUGUGGAGCCAUAUGGAUCAUUUGUGUCAAAUCUCUUCACCAGAUGGGGAGAUCUGGAUGUAUCUGUGGAGUUACACAAUGGUUCAUAUAUUUCAUCUGCUGGGAAAAAACACAAACAAAGUUUACUAGAAGAUAUACUAAAGGCUUUGAGAAGGAAGGGUGGAUGGCGUAGGUUGCAAUUUAUUCCCAAUGCAAGGGUUCCCAUAUUGAAGCUUGAGAGCCACCUGAACAUCUCUUGUGAUAUCUCAAUCAAUAAUCUUGUUGCUCAAAUGAAGUCCAAAUUAUUGUUUUGGAUCAAUGAGAUUGAUGGGCGCUUUCGUGAUAUUAUUUUACUGGUCAAAGAAUGGGCCAAGGCACAUGAUAUUAAUGACUCAACGUCUGGAACUUUAAACUCAUACUGUCUCAGCUUGCUUGUUGUCUUCCAUUUUCAGACUUGUGUACCUGCAAUUUUGCCCCCCCUUAAGGAAAUAUAUCCGGGAAAUAUAGUUGAUGAUCUUACAGGUGUGAGGGCUGUUGCAGAGAAACAUAUUGAAGAAACAUGUGCUGUCAACAUAAACAGGCUUAGAUCGGAUAGAUCCAGAAUUAUUAACGCAAGUUCUUUGUCUGAACUUUUUGUUUCAUUCCUUGCAAAGUUUUGCGAUAUCAGUUUGAGGGCCCCAGUGCAAGGGAUUAGCACAUAUAGUGGACAGUGGGAAGACAUAGGAAGCAACAUGAGAAGGCUACCCAAAACUUGCGCACUAUUUGUUGAGGAUCCCUUUGAGCAGCCGGCUAAUUCUGCGAUGACUGUUAGCAACAGACAGUUAACGAAGAUAUCAGAAGCAGUUCAGACAACUCACCGUAUGCUUCUCUCAGCCCAUCAAAGUCAGAAUUCUAUUAUUAGUACUCUACUCAGGCCACACAUAUCACAGUUUGUGGCAAGAACACCUGCUAGAAACCUCAGUAAUAAUGGCGGAGACUGCAGCAGGGCUCAGCCACUGGUGCACGCACCUGGGCACUCACCUUUACAAUUGCAACAGCAGUUUCAGAACAUGAGGAUUGAUGGGCGCCCCAGAAAUGGAAAUGCAUCAACACGAAAGGGGCCUGGAAAUGGAAAUGCAUCAACACAAAAGGGGCCUGGAAAUGGAAAUGCAUCAACCCGACAGGUGCCUGGAAAUGGAAAUGCAUCAACCCGACAGGUGCCUGGAAAUGGAAAUGCAUCAACGCGACAGGCGCUUGGAAAUGCAUCAAUGCGACAGAUGCCUGGAAAUCGAAAUGCAUCAACCCGACAGGCGCCUGGAAAUGGAAAUACAUCAACACAACAGGCGCCUGGAAAUGGAAAUGCAUCAACGCGCCAACCUGUCCGGGCAUUGCAUAAUCAAGGACAGCAAUUGCGGAGGCCUAGGCCUUGACAGGUAAACCAUGCCAUAUCAGUUUUUGCUGGCUGAACAGAUUGUAACCCGAUUGAUAUCAUCGGACUUUGUUCUGAGGUGGGGUGUUUUCCUUGGGUUGUGGAGUGCUAGGCUUGUGAUGAGUUGUUGCUUUUGAACUUUUUCAAGACUCAGGAAAAGAAUAAUUUUAAUAUAUAAGUGUCUGUACAACCUUAAUGGUGACAGGGUGCAACUUGGACGUGUUAUUAGGGUUGAAAGGUUAAUUUGAGUUGAGCCUACGUUACAAAGAUCCUAAUUUCAGUUUAACCCAAAUAUUUCAGUAUGGGUAUUUACCAGGCAUGACUUUUAGCAUUUGGGUUAUAAUUCAAAUCCUAUUUUUC